AUGGCAACUCAGCCGUCUCACUUUGAGGAGAACCUUCUGUGCCCUGUUUGCCGUGACAUCUUCAGAGAUCCCGUUCUCCUGCUGUGUUCUCAUAGCUUUUGCUGGGUCUGUCUGGAUCAGUACUGGGAGCUCAGCGGAUCACAGAUGUGCCCUGUAUGCCGGACAGACUUCUGCAUGGACUGUCCUCCAUGCAACCGUGCUUUGAAGGACCUGUGUGAGAUCUUCCUUCAGGAGAGAAAAAAUUUGAUGUCAGUAGAGGCCGAGUUAUUCUGCAGUGUGCAUGGAGAGAAACUUAAGCUCUUCUGCGAGGAGGACGAGCAUCUCGUGUGCAGCGUGUGUGUGAACGAAGAUAUUCAUGUCAAACACACAUGCAGACCUGUGGAUGAAGCUGCAGUUGCUCUCAAGGAGGUGCUCAAAACAAGCCUGAAGUCUUUGCGAGAGAAGCACAAAGUCUUAAAAUCAGAAAAAUUCAUCUGUAAUCAGCGAGUGAAACACAUCACGAAUCAAGCUGAGCAAACAGAGGCACAUAUUAAGAAGCAGUUUGAGCAGCUUCAUCAGUUUUUGCGUGAUGAAGAGGCGGCCAGGAUAACUGCUCUGAGGGAGGAAGAGGAGAAGAAGAGGAAGCUGUCAGAGGAGCAGAUGAUGAGAAUUAACAGUGAACUCUCAUCUCUGGUAGAAAGAGUGAGGAUCACUGAGGAAGAGAUAGAGUCCAGCAACAUCUCAUUUCUGCUGAAGUACAAAGGCCCACCUGAAAGCACUCAGUGCAACAGUCCCUGUCCAGAGAAGCUCCCAAAAGUGCUGAUUGAUGUGGCAAAGCACCUGGGAAAUCUGAAAUUCAGCGUAUGGCAGAAAAUGAAGGCUGCUGCUAAAUACAUUCCUGUAAUCCUUGACCCCAACACCGCUCACCCAUGCCUGCAUCUCUCUGACAAUCUGAGCGAUGUGUGGUUUGGUCAGUGGAGUCGACAGGCCUUGGGUUACACAAACAAAUGUGAGGGCUACUCGAGCGUCCUGGGCUCUGAGGGCUUCAGCUCUGGGACUCACUACUGGGACGUCGAGGUCGGGGACAACACCACCUGGGUCUUAGGAGUGAUUUCAGAGUCUGCCAUCCAGACUCGAGACAAUCUGUCCAGUUCUGGUCUGUGGCGCCUUGGCUUUCACAAUGGUACAUAUGGACAAGGCCUUUCAGGAGAUUUUCUCAUGCCGCUUGCAGUGAAACAGAAGGUCCAACGCAUCAGAGUCCAGCUGGACUGGGACGGAGGGCAAGUGUCAUUCUUCAAUCCUCUCACUGACACUCACCUCCACACCUUCAAGCACACCUUUAACGAGAGAGUGUUUCCGUACUUCUGUAAUGUGUGUCCGUCUCAAGCUCUGCGGAUCUUGCCGGUGGAAAUGGCUCCAGCAGGACUGGAGGUGCAGAGAUUAUCUGCAUUAACCAGCAAAAUAGAGAGCAAGUAG